AUGUCUCAGCAGAUUUCCCAAGGAGGCGACAGAAGAACAGACGCAGAUAAGGAGAAGAAGAAGAAGGAAAGCAUUCUUGAUCUGAAAAAGUAUCUAGACAAGCCCAUCAGAGUCAAAUUCAGUGGCGGAAGAGAAGCAAGUGGGAUCUUGAAAGGAUUUGAUCAGCUGUUAAACCUUGUACUGGAUGGAACAACAGAAUAUUUGAGGGAUCCAGAUGACCCGUUUAAACUGACAGAAGACACCAGAGCUCUGGGACUGGUCGUGUGUCGAGGAACAUCAGUGGUGUUGAUUUGUCCGUCAGAUGGCAUGGAGGCCAUAGCCAACCCUUUCAUUCAGCAGGAUUAG